UUUCUUGCGUCAUCGUUUUAUGCUGCUACUUGUGUGCCGUUGCCGAUUGAAGGUGUAACAUAUCAGAGGAAACAACCUACUCACACCAUCAUGCACUGAAGCAAAGGAAACAGCAGCAGCAGCAGCUACACUGACAAAUCUGUGAAAUUGAAAUGUGCAGCGCUUCUACGAAGGCAGUGGGACAUUAACCGAGUUGGUCAACACAUCCAGGAGACAGUCUGUCUGAUUGUGACGAGCAGAGAAUCUCUGGUGGGGCUUAAUGUGAGGUGAAACACAGCACAAAGGACGAGAUGAGGAGAGUUCGGAGGAAAGGAGGGCACAAAGAGAAGGUGUUUGGAUGUGAUCUACUCGAACACCUGAGCGCCUCGUCUCAAGAGAUUCCUCUUGUGUUGCGAUGCUGCAGUGAGUUUGUGGAGACUCAUGGAAUCGUGGAUGGUAUCUACAGGUUGUCUGGAGUGUCGUCCAACAUUCAGAAACUCAGGGGGGAGUUUGAGGGUGAUGGGGCUCCAGACCUGAACAAGGACCUGUACCUGCAGGACAUCCACUGCGUCAGCUCUCUGUGUAAAGCGUAUUUCAGAGAGCUGCCCAACCCUCUGCUCACAUACCAGCUGUAUGACAAGUUUGCUGAGGCAGUGGCCAUCCAGCUGGAGGAGGAGAGGCUGGUGAAGAUCGGAGAUGUUCUGAAAGAACUGCCAGCACCACAUUACAAGACUCUGGAGUUUCUGAUGCGUCAUCUUGUCAGAAUGGCCUCGCAUUCCUCCGAAACCAACAUGCACUCCAGGAACUUGGCCAUCGUCUGGGCCCCGAAUCUGCUCAGGUCGAAGGAUAUUGAGGUGUCUGGCUUUAACGGUACAGCAGCCUUCAUGGAGGUCAGGGUUCAGUCCAUCGUGGUGGAGUUCAUCCUCACACAUGUCCCUCAGCUGUUUCCUAAUCUAGACUUAUCAAACGAGAGGAGGAACUCGCUCCCCUCGCCAACCGCAGCGUGUUGUGGGGAAGAAGGAUUUUUCAAAUCUGCAAGUCUUCAGCCGUUCCCGAACUUUGGUAACAUCAGUCCAGGUGAUGGUCCUCUACCCAUAAGGCCCUACCACGCCAUCAUUGAAGGAACAGACAAGAGGAAAGGAUCCCUAAAAGGCAGAAAAUGGAUGUCAAUUUUCAACAUUGGAGGACGAUUUCAGGACCCACGACGGAGACACAAACACUCAACCAAAGAGAAAGACCAGCCAAUUCUGAGACCUGCAAGAAGCAUGGACUCCCUCAGUACAGCCCCGUUUCCAAAAGAAGUAUCCAGACGUCCUGCACAGCACUCUCCUUCCACCAUAUCUCCCCUUGUCACCUCCUCCCACCAGCCUGGCUCUGAUGUGUCAGUAUCCACCACCGGGAUAGGUUGCAGUGAAUAUGCAGUGACGUACCGCAGGGGGACAGGGUUAGUGAGUGGGAGUGGAGGGACACAGGGCACCUACACCGCCUUAGACCCUGAAGGUUUGGGAGUCACAGGGAGUGAGACUGUGCAGACCAGAUCCCCAGGACUCUCCACCAAAGUGGGCCGUAGAGCAGCCAUGCACAUCACGGGGCCCACCAUAGUCACGGUGCCCUUACACAUCACCUCCAACCUGGCCUUAGGAGUGCUGCAAGGGGGCGGGGCUGACAGGGUCAUCCAGAGAGGCAGGGAGAAGGAUGGAGGAGACAGGGUGGAGGGCACGGAGGGGCGAGACAGGAAGGAGAGCAUAGUCAAAGAGAGGAAAGUGGAGGAAGGCAGGGUGGAGGGCACGGAGGAAAGAGACAGGAAGGAGAGCAUAGUCAAAAAGAGGAAAGUGGAGGAAGGCAGGGCGGCUGAGAGAAAGGAGAUUAAACACAGGAGGACAGUGACGGACGGGGAACAAGUCGUAGAUGAUAAUGUAAAUAAAGAAGCAGGUGUUGACGAAGGUGAAGAAGGUAAAGAUACAAAAGGGGAGGAGAAAGAGAAAGAGGAGGAGGAGGAGGUCAGAGGAGAUAGCAGAAAGGAGCCAGAGAUGGUGAGAAGAAAUCGAAUGGUGUCCAGGGAGCAACGAGUCAAAAGCCUGACCUCCAACACCGUGGAAAAUGAUGACAGGGAUGUUGAUGACAACGAUGAAUAUAUGGAUAUGAGAGAUGUGAUGGAGGUGACUCAGCCCGCCGAUGUGUUUGAAGCGUCUGACAUCCUCAACUCGACCGAGGUGGAAACAGACGACCUGGGCCUGUCAGGCUAUGUUCAAGAUAACUUUGAAUUCCUGGACCAGAUGGACUUCAGCGUUCUGGACCACAUGGACUAUGGUUUCACCUCUCAGGUGAACGAGUUCUCCGUUGAACCUCCCGGAGACUCUGAGGAUGAGUAUGAAGUCAUGGAGCAAUAUCAUUCCUCCAAUCAUCUCGCAGAGGAGCACACACACCAGCAGCCAAGCCCUGAAACACACACCCGGAGUCCUACUGAGUCAAACACACACAGGCCACUCAGCAUGGAUUCACACAGCAGACAUGUGAAAUCCCUCAGCUUGCCGUACAGGGCCUCUGUCGUGAUAGGAGCGGUGGAGUCCAGCUCUGAAGAGGAGGUUGAUGAUGACAGCAGUGACGAGGACGAAAGCAUGUUUGUUAAAAGCCUCCCAUGUGAAUACUUUUUAAACAAUCUGCCCGAGUUUGAAGCAGACAGUGCAGACAGUGCAGACAGAUGCGCUCUGGAUGGAGUCGCCGUGCAUCAGUUGCAAAUUUCUGAAGAACGAGAUAGUCCGUCACCGAACCUUGAAAGUCCUCCGCAUAACGAAUCAUCUGAAGAAGAGCAGGAGAAUGAAGACGUGAAAGACAAAGAAGAGAAUGCUGGACUGGAAGUAACGGACUCAACAGAGAAGGAAGAGGAACUUCACCAGAGAAGAGACGUGCUGGAAAACAAAAAGCAAAGUGAAGAGACGGAGGGAGAUCCCAGUGUUGUUGAAGAAACACAAAGUGAAGAAGAACAAUCUCUCACUUUGGAGGCAUCACCUCUCGUCUGCCCAGAGUAUCCAACGCCCAGCAGCGAGGAAUCUAGCAAUUUGGCAGACGUCAACGUUGAGGACCCUCAAACUGACUAUCCAGCGUGUUGUGCUAUUUUCAAACAGGAAGAAAGUUCUGACUUUCCUUUAGAAGACUUCUCUGUUUGUGUAAUAGAAGAGCCCAGAUCCCAAGGAGAAGAUGAUGAAGAUGAAGAUGAAGACAGGGUUUCCAAAGAUGACUUCAGUCAAGAAACAGUUGAAGGAAUAAAAGAAAGUGAUGACAACAUGAAGGAAGAAACAAUCAUGGACGGCUAUGAGGAAGACAGCAAAGAGGAGGAGAGUGCAAUUUUGGAUGAACUGGAUGAUGUUGAGGAAGAUGGGGGAAUUACUGAGUGUGUUGUAGAAAGUGUUGUAGGGGAAGAAGAGGAGGGAGAGCAGAGGGAAGAUACUUCAGGGGAGAAAAAUGACGAGGAAAGAGGGACAGCUGAGACAGCUGAGACAGAAGUUAGAAUAGAGAAAGAGGCAGCUGAGGAGAAGCUCCCAGACCCAGAAGAGCAGCAAGUUUGUGAGCAAAUAGAGACAGACGUACCAAAUGCAACUGAACUAGAUGAAGCAAUUCAAAAGAAGUGCGCUAAAAGCAAAGAAGCAACGCAAAACGACCAAGAAGAAGGGGUUUCAAAAGAAGGAGAAGAGGAGAACCAUGACAAGAAGAGAGGUGAUGAGCAACAAAUAAGAAUAAAAAGUAUAGAUAAAGAACUGAUAGAGGUCAAGUCUGGCAUAAAGGCAAUGAAAGACGGUGAAAAACACGAGGGGAGUGACGGUGUUAAAGGUGGGGUUGGUAGAAAGCUGGUCGUCUCCAAGCAACCGAAGUUUUACCAAGUGAAAGCGGUGCCGGUCGUGCCUCCGAAGCCGCAGCACUGCAAAAUCACCGCCCUGACGCUGAAACACCAACAGCAGCAGAGAGAGAGGAGAGACGCAGACAGAGGGAGAGAAAACGCGCUGAAAGUCCAAACAGAAGGGGAUCACGUAUGCGCAGGAGGGCAGAAGAAAGACGGGGACGAUGAAAGUGAGGGGGAGGGGAAGAAGGAGCAGCCCGAACUGAGGGGAGGAGAGAGAGAGAGGGAGAGGAGGAGGGAUCUGGAUGAAAGUUUAACGAGGGACUCGAACAGAAACAGUCCCCUCAGCAUGAAUUUUGAAGAGGCUGUUGCCAUCAUCACCAUGAAGCGGGAAAAGGAGAAAGAGGAUGAGAAGGAGAAGGAGAGGCAGAAGGAUUGGGGGAAUGAAGUAGAGUGAGGACAGCUUUUUUUUUUGUUUGUUCAAAGUUUGGAAUGAAACUGAUUUAAAUGUGCAAACUAUUUUUCAGCAUGAAGCAUAAAGGGCAGCGCUUGCCUUUUACUGAUGGAGUGUUUUCUUUCAGGGUAAAUAUCAUCAACAGUAUUGUGAACACGAUGCUAGUAGAUAGGUUUACGUUUUAUUUUAGUCAUGUGAAGAAACUUGGAUUUCAGUCAUGAAUCGUAUAGGUUUUUCAUGGGAGGAUAUUUACAUUUGUAAGACAGGAAACUGUAGAGAGCUGACACAAAAUGAGGGAUGACAUGCAGCAUAUGUUGAGCUUUAUCCAGGGAUGACGAUACGUUUUCACCGUCUUUGAUCCCCUAUAAGUCCCAAGGACGCCCAGCAACUAAAUACACGGCCCCAAAUGUAUGUUCUACUGUAAAGUCAAAUUAAAGAAACAACAGAUGGGACCAAAAGGUGAAUGCUGCUGAAACAUAUGGAGGAUGGAUUUUUUUAUUUUUUUAUCAAUACACCCAGUAGUUUUAUAA